AACCAAAGGGGCCUCGGCACAGCAACGGAGAUUUAAUCCUAUUAGAUGCAAUGGGAUCAAGUCCGACGCCGGCUUGUUCCGGAAAAUUUCUUACCAUGCACAAAAGACGGCGCAAAAAACUGACCACCCGAUCACUGUCCCAAGACAAUGCCAUUCUCGAUGAUAUUCAUCAUGGACAGGUGCAGAAAAUCUUGAACCGCUCUAGCAAAUGGGCCUUCAACGCAUUCACUUUAGAGACCGUGGCUGGUGGACGAUCACUGCCAGUAUUUUGUGUCCACCUAUUUCACUAUUACGGACUUUUGGAUCAUUUCCAUCUUGAUGUUGUGCAUGUCUGGAAACUUUUCACUCUUAUAGAAGAAGGAUAUCAUAGCACUAAUCCAUAUCACAACUCCAUUCACGCAACUGAUGUUACUCAAGCGAUGCACUGUUUCCUUCAAGAAUCCAAGAUCAGACAACAUUUAACCCCAGUAGAAAUAAUGGCGGCUAUAAUAGGAGCGGUGGCUCACGAUUUGGAUCACCCAGGUGUCAAUCAGCAUUUCCUCAUCACCACGAAAAAUCAUCUUGCACAAUUAUAUCAGAAUAUGUCCGUAUUAGAAAAUCAUCAUUGGCGUUCCGCUGUUGGCUGUCUAUUGGAAAGUGGAGUAGCAAAUCAAUUGAUUCCUUAUAGAGAUGAACUGGAAAAGCAGAUACGCGAUCUCAUUUUAGCCACUGAUAUUAACAGACAAAACGAAUUCUUAACCCAAUUUAAAAAACAUUUAGAUGAAAAAACAUUGGAUUUAAGAAAACCCGGGGAUAGAAACUUUAUUUUGCAAAUUGCAUUAAAAUGUGCGGACAUUUCCAAUCCCACCAGACCAUGGGACAUAUCCCGGAAAUGGAGUCUAAAAGUCUGCGACGAGUUCUUCCGGCAAGGCGAAUUUGAGAGAAAACUUAAUCUUCCAGUCACUUCCAUUUGCGAUCAACAAUCUACUUCCAUUGCAAAAAUUCAAGUUGGUUUUUUCCGCAUAGUCGUAUUUCCCCUAUUCUAUGAAUGGCACCGUUUCUUGGAAAGCGACCUUUCAAAUCACAUGAUGAAUAUAUUGGAAUCCAAUAGACAAAAGUGGGAGGAACAAGAGAGAAAAGAAAACGCAGAAGAAACACAAACCGAGUUAUCGGACGCAGAACCAGACAUCAGCGAAGAUGAAGAGGCCACAAAGAGGUCCUCCGAAGCGAUCAGUAUUAUUGAAACUAUUCCUCCUCCUCCUCCUCCUCCAAGGGACAUAAGAAGACAAUCACUAGCAGUUCCAACUUUAGAAAGUACGUUAGGUGUAAGAAGACAUUCUGUACCCGUAAAUAUGGAACAAUCACUGCCAAGAACGAUAUACAGACGCGAAAGCCUACCUCUAAAUAAAGGCUCGAAGGCUACCGUUAGUCCUCAGACUGAAUCGCGUGCUUCUAGCGGUCUUAGGGAAGAAGACGAAAUGCAAAGAUUCGGCUCUAGUUCCGACAUAUCCUCUUCAAGUCCACACUAUUCAUCCGCUGAAGAACAACCUGAGAGGCCUUUAAGCGCAGAAAAUCUAUUGCCCGAGCCCACAAUAGCAUCCAUGACAAGUAACGCUGAGGUCGGGCGACUUUCAUCGGUACUACAGGGUAAUAAUCCGCCUGCUAAGUAUCUUACUAGACAGCAAACAUUCCCACCACCUCAGCCUUUCAUGCGCAUGAGGUACAUGUCUGCUACUGUUGAGAUGUCUACUUGCAAGGAAACUGUUCAUGAAGACAGUCAGUCUAGUUCUUCACAAAGCUCACGCGAAAACAUAUCAGCAAAUAACAAAACUCAAUACACAAUACCUUCCAUAGCAGUGUUGAGUCCAAACAAUAGUCGGCCGCCAGAUUUUCUAUUACCAGAGGGUCCUGCGCCGCAAAAAUCUUCAUUUGCAAAUAAUAAAAGAGAAACAGAGGCUGCAGAUAAAGAAAAAGUUUGCAAGAUGGUGAAACUUACUGAACCGGGACAGAGAUAUGAAAAGGAAAACGUGGAUCCUAGAAGGACCAAUGGGAGUUUAUCAAAAAGACGUGGAUCGGCCCCGGUUUCAUUACCAUUGGCAAAACCGGAUGAGAAUAUGCCCCCUGCAGGCGGGGGGAUGGAUUCUGACACGCAGUCUUUACGUAGAGGUUCUGUGCCAAUUGAAAUUGCUCAUUAUCAAUCAUACGAAGACGAAAACUCGGACCCCGUAAUAAACAUAACUCCUGUGGAGACGACGCGCAUGUUUUGGCAAUAUCAGCGCAGAGGUUCUGCGCCGCUGGACUUGCCGCCACUGGUGGGCGGCGGCAAUGGCGGUAUGCUGGACCGACGCGAGUUGACGCGACACACGAGUCUGAACGGGAAGGCGGGCAGACGGAAGAAACAGCUGCGCAGGCGCAGCUCGGGCGGGCCUGAAACCGUCUGUUUGUCCGACGCGCAUUCCGAGACCCUGUCGCGCCUGCUACUUCGGCGACCUGAAAAUUCUGACGCGCUGCUGGCUCGGCGAAGAGGAUCACUGCCUAUCGAGGUCCUAACUGUUGGACACUCUGUGUUUUGACGGUUGCCUCUUUUGCCUUUAGGGCUAUGGACAACACCGUCCAAUGUGCAAUAAGGACCAACCAACACUCACUGACUGACAUCAAAUUUCAUUAGUUAGCUCAUUAUUUAUAAUCAUAAAGGAAGCCAAAUAAUCAUAGAUGUUCUAGUUGUCACCAUUGUUAGAAUUUUUACGUUAAAAGUACGCAGUGUAUGUGUGAUUAUUAUAAUAGGUACCUAGUUUACUUUCUCUAUAUAUAAAUAUAUAUAGGAAAAUUAAAUAUAAACAACGUUAUUUAUUGAUGAUUUUGUUGCGAAGUUUGUUUUUCUUUUUAUCCUUUAGUAACAAUUAUUAUUUAUUCAUUUUUGUUAAUAUAAUUUUUAUAGCAAUGUUUUGUGCAAUUGUUUCUGAUUGUAGAUGAUUUAAACUGUGCUGUUAAAAAACCUAUAGUUAGGUUUUAAUUAAGGGAACGUACCCAUACUACGUGACCCAUUUUUUACAAGUUUUAAACCUAAACCCCCCUCCCAUCCCUGUGACCAAGCGUGGUAUUAAACCCCCCUCCCCCCUAAAUGGGUCACGUAGUAUGGUUACGUUCCCAAGGCCUUUUCUUAUGUGUUUGUACAAAUACAAAAUAAGCACUACAUUAACAAUAUCUCAAUCGAAUGGACCACUAGUCAAAAUAGUAUUUUGAAAGUACAUUAAUUUAUGUUAUAAUUUAUAUUUUCAUGUGGCUGGUCCACUGAAUUAUAAAAAUGAAUAUUUUUAGUUUUAUUUUAAAUAGAAACAUUAAUAAAUAAAGCAAUAAAUAAUUAGAAAUAAUUUUGUUUAAAAUGUUUAAAUUUCAUAGUAUGUGGCCCAUUCUCAUAAAAAAUACAUAUACAAAUCACACAUGUUUAUGUUUUGAAUUAAAUUUUCCAAAUGUUCUAAUCAAUUGUUUUUAUAUACUUGAUGUGUCUUCUUUUAUUAAAGUCAUUUUUCUUUUGUAUACCAUGCCCUAUGCAACAUUACUUAAAAAUAAUUGUUGAAUGUGAUUCAUUUUAUAAUGUGCUGUAUAUGUUAUGAAGUAGUUAUUGCAGAGAUUUACAUUUCUAAGUACCAAAAACAAGAAUUUACAUACCUUUAUGUUGUAAUUAGCAAAACAUAAAACCUAAUUGAUAGCGCAGUGCGCACGGGUUUUUAAAUAAAAUAACUACAAAUUAUGUAGUAAUGGUAUUUAUUCAGUUUUUGGUAUACUUGAUAAUAUAUAAAAAAAUUCAAUGAGACAUAAUAAAUAAAUUAAACAUAACAAAACCUCAUUAAAUUUUUUUAAGUGAUAGAUGAAUUGAAAACUAGGAAUAGUCUUGACACCCAAUAGUGAACAUGUUACAACUAUCUUACUCUGUUUUCUAUAAUUGCAAAUAGGUACAGUAUUAUACACAAAGACUUUCAAGGGACCAGUUUCAUUCUAGUGAAACUGAACAUCAUAUCCAGUUAAAAACAAAAACAAGACUAAAUUGAUUGACUGGGCCUUGAUUCAUCAAAAUAUAAAUCAAAAGCAAUUUAAAUGUGUGCUUAGCUGUACCAAACAAUUAAUAGCAAUACAAAUUUUUCAAAAUUCAAAAUAAACAAACAAAAUCCUUAACAAACUUUUUGUGUUUUGUUUUAAUAAUAAAUUUCAAAAUAGAUGUAAAAUAGCCAUCUCAGUGUAAAAAAUAUAUGUACUUUACUCACUUCUAGGACCAUACAGUUAAACUAACAGGGUUAAUAAUAAGAUGUGUUUCAAUAAGACUGCUCAGAGAAUGACAUUUAGGGAGGUAUACAGACAACGGGCGAACAUUAUCCCCAUUGUUACGCUUAAUAUCUGAGUUUCAACAAGUACUCAUCGUUUGUGAAAUGGUUGAUGAAUAAAUUCAUGUUUUUAAAAAUAAA